AUCAGCUUGCCAAAAAUUUGUGGCUCAGUCGCAGUGCGAUUGUCAUUAAAGUUGCGUCUCGGUAAAAUUAUGAGUAUAUCACGCGUGAAAAUGGACUUAGGUCAUUUGCUGGUUACACUGACAUUGCUUUGCACAGGUUUACAAACAACAGUAGCAUCCGAAUGGGGAUAUGAGGGCAAAAAUGGACCAGAGAACUGGCCAGGAAUUUGCACAACAGGAAAAAAACAAUCGCCGAUCAACAUUGUAACAAAAGAUGUUGUAAAAUCAGAUCUCGGUGCUCUCAAGUUCGAUCAAUACAAUUUAGCGUUUCCCGCUACAAUGAAAAACGAUGGACAUUCUGUGGAUAUUAGAUUGGACGGUGUUCCGCCGGUUCUGAGCGGUGGAAAUUUGCAAUCUACAUAUGUUUUGGAGCAACUGCAUCUUCAUUGGAAUGCUGAGCAUACUGUGGACAGUUUACGUGACCCUUUGGAGUUGCAUUUAGUGCAUUAUGAUAAUCAAUACGCGAAUUUCAGCGAAGCCGUUCAACACGAGAACGGAGUUGCUGUUAUCUCAGUUUUAUUUGAGCCGAGCAAAUACGAUAAUCCGCAACUGAAGCCGAUUGUGAAAGCGGUAAAAAAAGUGUUAAAGAAAGUUGGAAAGAGCACAAAGAUAAAAAUGGAAGUGAUACCUUCGUCGUUUUUACCAGAGGAUCAUACAUAUUAUCAUUAUCAGGGAUCAUUGACUACACCGGCAUGUCAGGAAUCCGUAACGUGGUUUGUUCUGACGGAAAAACUUACUGUCUCAAAAUCGCAGGUGAAUGUAUUCAAACGCUUUCGGGGCGACCAUGGAAAGCUGCCAUUUAAUUACAGACCCACGCAGGAACUUAAUGACAGAAAAGUAUACCAUUAUUCCGGAUGAUUUGCGCGUCGAGAUAAAAUGGAAUUUUAUUUAAUAAGUUUUAUUUAAUCUAUUGAAAUAUAUAA